UCUCUCCACCCCCAUCCUUCACCACCUGGUCCUCCUCUUCCUCCUCCUCCCGGCUCCCUGGCACUGCUAGGACAUCUUCCAGGCACAGCCCAGGGGACAGAGAGCAGCCCUCUGGCCUGAGCAAUUUGUCCUUUCCCACCCAGUCUCUACUUCAUCUGCUUCCUCCUCCUCCUUCCCUUCCUCCUCCUCUUCCUCUUUCCAGCUGCCUCUGCCUCUACCCAGCUUUUCUCCUGUCUUCAUUUUUUGGUGAUCUGUUCCCCUCAAUUUAUUCCUUGUCCCUUUUCUUUCUCCCUCCUCCCCUCAUCCUGUCAUUCCCUCCUUCCCCUUCCCCAUUCCAGAUUUCCGGUUCCCUUCCUGGGGCCAGGAGUGAAGACUCCUUGCCUUUUCCAUCUGCUGUCCCGAGUCUGUCACUGCUCUGCCUAGCCCCCAGCCCCUCUGCAGAGAUGCUGAGUGCCAGAGACAAGCCUCCAGAGGAGAGGACGGCUUCGGGGCUUCAGGGCUUUGCCAUCGACAAGAGCUUUCUCACCAACCCCAAGGGCAUCCUUCUGGAAGUCGAGCUGGCUCUGACUUUCAUCAUGGCCAUGUGCUUUGCUGCCUCCGUCUCGGCCUACAUGGCAGCGCCGCUGCUGGAGUUCCUCAUCACGCUGGCCUUCCUCUUCCUCUACGCCACCCAAUGCUACCUGCGCUUCCAGCGCCUCAACUGGCCCUGCUUGGACUUCCUCCGCUGCAUCAGCGCCGUGGUCAUCCUCCUGGUUGUGUCCUUCGCAGCCGUAGCCUCUCGGGAGGGACCCGCCAUCGCCGCCUUCGUUUUCGGAGUUCUCCUUGUUUUCGUCUUUGUCUACGAUGCCUUCAAGAUCUACCAGGCAGAGAUGGCACCCAGCCCCCCCCAGGGGGAAUCCCAGUAGGACCGAACCCCAAAGUUCUGGUUUCUCCCACGAAUCCUGCUGUUCCUAAAAGCUUCAGAAACCUGCUGGAUGUCCAGGAGCUCCCCUCCCCGAGGAGAGAUCAGCAGGGGACAGAGCUCCUGCUCCUUGGGGUCCCCCCAGGCCACCAAGCCCACAGAAUCUCCAGUGGGUCUUCAGCCAGCUCUCCGGUGGCAAGACCAGGGAUGCUACUGGAUCAAAGCGACGGCAGACUGACGCUGGCGAUUGGAUGGGAAGCGAAGGAAAAGAGAGACAAGCUGGGGAAAGGGUUGGGCCUGGCUAAGCCCUCAGGUCCCAGACUUCAUAAAUUAAAGGUGUCAAAUCUUG